GAUGCAACCUGCAGCGGGGCGGAAAAAGAAGAAGAAAAAAUACUCUGACCUGCGCAAGACACCGUGAAGGCAGGCAGGCAGGCAGAGAGGUUCGGCCGGGCAGAUGGAGCCUCUCAUGAUUGACACGGGGAUCUCGAAAUGACGUCAGCCGGAGGCGCUGCCUUCCAGGAGCGCGUCGGCAGAGAGGGAGAGCGCAGCGGCGGAGAGCGGAGCGCAGCGUUACGCGCUUCCUCCAGACCUGACAGGAGGACUUCACCGGGGGCUCACACAGGGGUGUCUCGAUGCGCCUCUCAUGCGUAACGCACACGUCUCCGGAGCGUUCAACAAACACUGAAUGGAAACACCAUAAAACCUAACGGGAGUCAAGCUCAGCUUCUAGAAAUCAUCUUUUUAGUCCUUGGCAUCGAGGGAGGACACGAGCAGAGGAGCCGGAGGACAUGUGUACCUAAUUAAGAACAGAAGGGCGUCAGGAAUUAGAUUUCUUUGAUAAAAUAAGAGCAAAAGCCAAGGGAUUAUAAAGAAGAAAUUUUCCUAAAUGACUGUUAACCAAACAAAAAGUGAAGCGGGGUUUUUGGAGAGCUUUUGCACGAAGAGCACUUAGCCCAUUCAUUUUAGACUCCUGGAGUGAAAUCAAUCCCUUUUAUUUGUUUUUAAUUCAAGAGGGAGGUAAGAGUACACGUUUAUGGGUUCUGAUAUGGAAAGAUGUGAAAUUACUGCCAGUAAAUUAGGCAGCUGAGUAUUUCCCUGAGUAGUUGUGCUUUCUCUCUGUAGUGAUGAAAUAAGGGCAGAGCCUCCUUUAUUCUGACCCCCUCUCCUGCUCUGAAACUAGAUGUUUUUUUGUUAUCAUGAUGAAAGACUGACGAGGGAAGAUGUUAAAAACCAAGCUUAAAGUCACGUUCUAUUUUUCUUUAAUUAAUAUUUUAAAAAUGCAGUCAGAGAAGUAGCCCUGAUCUAAACUCCCAUGUCCGUGGAAACAUGGAGAAAAUGGAAAACAUGUCUCUUCCCGGUGGUGAGCUGCCAGUGUGCAACGAAUCAAUGGAUCCCCACUCCCCCUUGUUGUGGAACAGCACCUGCUUCCUUCCCUACUUCCAUGCUGACCUGUACAUCAUUUUACCCGUCAUCUACUCUGUGAUCUGUGCCGUGGGCCUAACGGGAAACAUGGCUGUCAUUUAUGUCAUCCUCAAAGCCCCUAAAAUGAAAACAGUCACCAACAUGUUCAUCCUGAACUUGGCAAUCGCAGAUGAUUUGUUCACGCUGGUGUUGCCGAUCAGCAUAGCUGAUCACCUGCUCAACUACUGGCCCUUCGGCGAGGUCCUGUGCAAAGUUAUCCUGAGCAUAGACCACUACAACAUCUUCUCCAGCAUCUAUUUCCUGACAGUUAUGAGCAUCGAUCGCUAUCUGGUGGUUUGGGCGACCGUCAGGUCAAAGCGCAUGCCGUACCGCACCUACAGAGCAGCCAAAAUCAUCUCCUUUUGCGUCUGGCUCCUCGUCAUCCUCAUCGUCAUGCCGUUCACCAUUUUCGCCGGCGUCUUUGUGAGUCCAGACGACGGGAGGAAGAGCUGCGUGCUGAUCUUACCGGCGCCUGAGAAUUUGUGGUUCAAAAUGAGUCGGAUCUACACGCUCAUCCUGGGCUUUGCCAUCCCCGUCUCCACGAUCUGCAUCCUGUACACCAUGAUGCUCUACAAGCUGCGGAACAUGAGGCUGAACAGCAACGCCAAAGCUCUCGACAAGGCCAAGAAGAAGGUCACCAUCAUGGUCUUCAUCGUCCUGGCCGUGUGCUUGUUCUGCUGGACGCCUUUCCACCUGAGCACCAUCGUGGCUCUGACGACAGACCUGAGCAACACGCCCCUGGUGAUUGGCAUCUCCUACUUCAUAACCAGCCUGAGCUACGCCAACUCCUGCCUCAACCCUUUCCUCUACGCCUUCCUGGACGACAGCUUCAGGAAAGCUUUUAAAAAGAUGAUGGAAUGCAGACCAGCCUGAAUGUGAAAGACAUCAAACCCGUCACAGAACCCAACCUUGUUUUUGUUUUUUUUAGACUAGAAGGCAAAGAAUGAGUGUGAAAUGGCAAAGAUGGACCUUUGGUUUAUAUUUAAAGCUAAUCUUUGUUUUAAGGUUUGCUGAAUCUGUUUUGUCAAAGCUAGUCAUGGUAAACCUGCACAAUGUUUCCAUUUGUUGAAAAGAAAAGUCUGCCAUCUGCAUGCAUCCUUAUUGGAAUAACUCUAAUAUAACUGACUUAGAAUUUAAUGACACAGUAAAUGAAGAGAAGCAGAGAGAGAAAUGAUUAGUUAUUUUUCAUAGAAAGCUUUCUGUGAACAGAAGCUUUUUGGAUCGCCUGCUUCUGUUUUCCUCGAGGUAAAAGUGGAAGCAAAUUAAGGAAUAAGACUUUUGAGCAACAAACUUAAAAUUAUUCUCUGUCAGGACAAAAAACACUUUGCCUUGUUUAGCUAUACAUGCAUGUGAAGGAUAAUAACAUAUUAGACGUUAACAUGAAAGAGGCAUGUGGUAUUUGUGAAGGUAAGUUGUGAUCCAGAAAUUCAAACCGGGUCACCUUCACUGGACAUUGUCUUUAGGACCAAAGAAGAGCCUGGCAGGGGUCAGACAGACACACAUUGAUGCUAUGACCAGUCAGAGAAGGAAGGAAGCACGAUUGAAUUAUUCAUUUUACUACUUGUGCAUAUGAAUAACUUGAUCCCAUAUGCAAAAGCUCCAUUUUGUUUUUCCCGAGCAGAGGCGUGUUAGUGGAGACGACAACACGCUAACUACUGAAGCCUCUCAGGGUUUGUCUUUUUAUCCCGUUUGUUGGAAGACAAACAAGCUAAAAAGAGGAAUUAGGAGGAUGACUUAAAGCAUUUUUAAAAGAUCAGCGGAUUUUUCUAACAUGUGAGCGUGUGUGUUCUCUAUCCCUCGUGUGAUUUAGUUCUGUGACAGUUCAGAAACUGAGCGAUGCACCUUAUCGACCCUGGCAGCCGUACUGUAAGCCUAACACACAACAGGCAUGGGACAGCAGGGCUAUGUGAAAACUGCUCUGUUUCUUUGCAGUUUGGUGUUUUUCUGAGCUUUUGUCGCCCCCUGUUGUUGACAGGGUGGCACAUGCAGCAAGAAGCAGCCUUUUAAUACUCUGUAGUCUUUCUUUAAUCACUUCAUUAGUAAUAUCAUUAAUAAUCCCCUCACUUAUUAUUCUAACACAUCAUUUGUUUGGAGCUCAAAUUUUCUGUACAGUGUGUUGCUAGUAUUACUGUUUUAGGAGCUAAAUUAAACUUCAUUUCACAGAGUGAGAGUUUGGGCAUAGCCCCCUUCACUCAAAUAUUGUAUCUGUUAAAUCAUGGAGUGGCUUUAUUAUUCCUUUUUUUAAGAGUCGUGCAACAGUUUAAGCUGAUAUUCUAGAUUACAUGGCUGUGACUGCAUCAGUAGACUAAUAAAUACUGUAAAUAGUUAAGCCUUUUUUUGUAUUUAUCUGUACAGAAGAAUGUAUAGUCAUGCUAUUAUAUAAUUAUAAAAGCCUAAGGAAAUAUUCUGCCUAAUAACUGAAAGGUGUGUCACAUAAAUGAGAACCGAUCUGAGUUUGCAGCCAUGAAUCAUCAUUUGAAGCAUACUGUAAGAACGAACCAUGGAACGUUAUGUGGACUCUUUAUGUUGGAGCUGGCUGUAGUUCCUUCUAACGUAACAAACUUUAUUUUUUCUGACUUACAAUCAUGUAUUUUUGGACUUUAAAUCGUGUAUUAUUAUUUUUUGGAAUCAUCAGAACUGCGCAGAAAGCUUAGAUUUUUAUAGUCCCAUUGUACAUUAAAAACCACAUGCAUAAGAUGUG